CCUCCCCCUCCUGCGGUGAGAUGGUUCAGCCUGCAGGAAGAUCCUAUCUCAGCUCAGAGUAUACAGAGUGCUACCUGCAGCCAGAGAGGCAGUGGGUGUAGAUCGUGUGAAGUAGAUGGCGUGCAGCAUUCUCUGUCACGGUGACCUAUACCUGCAGUGCAAGGUGAUAACUGACCUGGUAAUCCUCCAAGUGUGAUAUUAAAGGGACCCUUCUAUUGCUGCAGAAUUUCAGAGACCCCAGACUCUAAUUUUGAAUAAUUGAAUAUGGAAGUUAAAGGUCUUUGGGGGAUCUCCACUACAGGUGCUUCGCCAUUCGACAUGACCCCCAUACAAAGGGCUCAGCAGAUUUCAGAGCUGACAGAGAGGCAACGAGAACUGCAGGAUUCUCUGAGACAGAAAGUUAUCGAGCUCCGGAGACUGUGUCUGCAGGAAGCCGAACUGACUGGGCACUUACCCCCUGAUUACCCCCCGGAGUAUGGAGAACCUGCUCCCAUGGUGACACGACGUCCGAGAGCAGCUUACAGAGUCACCGCAUCCACUGUCACCAGAAGCGAGGAGGUGCAGUUGGAGCGCUUAGAAAGGGACUUUGCUCUGCAGCUGCAGAUGGCGGAAGCUGCUCGGAAGCUGAGCAUGGCGGCAGAACAAAGUGCAGAGCUCACAAUGGAACAGCGAAGGAAGCGGAGGCUCGUGUACCUGGAUGCUCUGCGAAGGCUGCAGGAACUAGAAGAGCAGAGCAACAAUCUACGCCGAAAGCUGGGCCUGAGACCGACCCAACGCGUUCCAAACAGUCUGUUUGAUGAAGUUUUCCAAUCUGAGUGCAGCUCCAAGUCCGAGGCCACGAAUCACGAAGAUCUUGCUCCGGUUAUGAGACAGUCACCUCCGCGAAUUUCUGAUCACUCCCGUGCUGUGUCUAGCAGUCCAGAGCGUCGAGUGGGAUGGAAGGCCAUGCCACUGGAAAUGUACUGUGAGGUGCAUAAUCGGCGUAACUCUAUGGCCAGCUCCUCAAGCCCCACUCGUUCCUUUCCUCGAAGUCUUUCCAGUUUGGAGGGCCGCAGUGUUCCUGCGACGCCUGUUCUGAGUCGCAACGCUUGUAGCAGCUCAGCCUUACGAUCGGAAAGUUCUGUUCUGUCCCAGCAGUGGUCUGGAAGUCAGGACUCCCAGGUGGGCUUUCCAAGUGAUCGAAGCUCUGUUCAGACUGUGAGGAACCGGCGUAGUAACAGUUCUGAAGCUCUGAUUGAGCGCCCACCCCCAACUGAGCUCCAAGGUAAACCUUCCUUCAAGAGUUCAGAAGCCUUAACUGAACGACCUCAGCCAGGACCUAAUUUCAAUCAGUCCCAGCAAAGAGGGGCCAAGUCCCCUGACCUGCGGACACCAAGUGGGGGAACAAGGUUGCCUUAUGAGGAGAUACUGAUGGAUUAUUAUAUGGAGCGACAGCUGCAACACAAUCGAGGGUGGACAGAGCCUGAUGGUCAUUGGUGGGUAGAACCAGAGAGUCCCUGGUGGGCAGAUCCAGAUGGCAGUGCUCAUUACUCCCGACGGGAUGGUUAUUACGAAGGGUACCCAGGCAGCCCAGCACUGCGAAGCCGUGCAGAGACCCAGCAACGCAAAAAUGCUGCUCGCAACAAGUCAUGUGGGCCCCAGCUGUCCGAAGUUAAUCACUUUCAGCAAUCGUGGCACCACGACCACUUUCAACAGCGACCUCGGCAACAAGUGUCUCACCAGGGGCCACGGUCUCGCAGCCAGCCUCGAGCUCCCCCACCAGAGUCAAUGGAAAGGAAUGUGCACAAAGCCUUAGCCCUAGAAGGGCUCCGGGACUGGUACCUACGCAAUUCUGCAGCCCCUGGGGGCAUGCACCGAAGCCCUGUCCCCCCUCACCUGCAAUACCAGCGCUACGCUCAGCCUGGGUACCAUGAUGGACAUUACACGACUGGCUCCCCACUCCCUCAUUCAGUCAGUUUCACUGCGGCCCCUCUCCACAGCAGACACUUCGAUUAUCUUGAUGAGGAACUUUAUAAUCAGACGCUGAGCAUGGCACACAGAGAACGGUCUGCUGACGGCACCCCUCCAGGAACAUUAGUCUGACACUGGACAUAAGCCAUGAUCUGGCAAUUACACUGGACUCCCUCUGAUGAAUGUGCAUUCAAGCAAUAAUAGAAGGCAGAAGGGGAACAAUGGACCCAUAAUCAGUGGAAGGUUUUAUCGAGGGGGGCUUCGCUCCUGUCUUUUGUCCAGGUGCAGCCAUCCCAUCAUGUUUGAGUUAAUGUCUUUGUUGCAGAGUACAGGGCCAGCCGCCCCAGCUAUACAUGCUCACAUGUCAUAUUUGUGUAAAAUCUCCAUUGCUGAAAGUUUGUAAAUGACAGAAGUUGCCAUGUCCGAUGGGAGAAGGACCUAUACCUGGUCCGAUCACCUGCAGUAAGUGCCCUCCCUGUGGGCAUUAAUUGAAAACGUUACAGAUGUAUAAAAUCUGCAUUUGCACUUUAA